ACAUGACUUGCGCGUAGCCAUCAUGGCGGUGGCUGCGAUGCCGUCCGGAUCCUGAGCAUUCUACGGUAGCGGCAGCGGCGCGGCGGAGGCAGCAGAGCAGGUGGACACCAGGAACCGUGCGCCAUUCGGAGUAAGGGGAACUGCCUGGACCAGAGGAGACGGCGGCUGGGAGCGCCGCAACCCCGUGGGCUGGGGUUAAAUUAGCCGGGCCUGACACUGGGCUGGACAAGUGACCGCAGAGAGAACUGGCUGAGGGGCAGCUAUGUCUGGGCUGCUGGGUCAGCCGGACACUGCCCCGUUUCUCAGUCAAGCAGAUGACACAGAAGAAGGAAUGGGGGGCCCAGUCCCGGGGCCUGGCAAGACUGCAGGUUUGGGGGGACCAGAGCCCCAGGACAGAGAAGAUCCAGAUGGGGAAGGGCUCCAGCUGAUAACCGGCAUCUCCCCCCGACAUGCAACUUUGAUUGUAGGCGUGCUUUGCUAUAUCAACCUUCUUAACUACAUGGACCGGUUUACUGUGGCAGGUGUUCUUCCAGACAUCGAGCAGUUCUUUGGUAUUGGGGAUAGCAGCUCUGGUCUCAUUCAGACUGUGUUUAUUUCCAGUUACAUGGUCCUGGCCCCUGUGUUUGGCUACCUGGGUGACAGAUAUAACAGGAAGUACCUCAUGUGUGGUGGGAUUGCCUUCUGGUCACUGGUGACUCUGGGUUCUUCAUUCAUCCCUAGAGAGAGAUUUUGGCUACUUCUCUUUACUCGGGGCCUUGUAGGGGUUGGGGAGGCCAGUUAUUCUACCAUUGCCCCCACCCUCAUUGCUGACCUCUUUGUAGCUGAUAAGCGGAGUCGAAUGCUCAGUAUCUUCUACUUUGCCAUCCCUGUGGGCAGUGGUCUGGGUUAUAUCGCAGGCUCAAAGGUGAAGGAUGUGGCUGGAGAUUGGCAUUGGGCACUCAGGGUGACCCCAGGCCUUGGGAUGAUAGCAGUAUUGCUGUUGUUCCUGGUGGUGAGGGAACCGCCUCGUGGAGCUGUGGAACGCCAUUCAGACACCCCUCCCUUGAGUCCCACCUCUUGGUGGGCUGAUCUGCGGGCUCUGGUGCGGAAUCCCAGUUUUGUGCUCUCUUCCCUGGGAUUCACGGCUGUGGCCUUUGUCACGGGGUCCCUGGCUCUAUGGGCACCGGCAUUCCUGCUCCGAGCUCGAGUUGUCUUAGGAGAGACUCCACCCUGCUUGCCUGGAGACUCCUGCUCCUCUUCAGACAGUCUCAUCUUUGGGCUGAUCACCUGUGUGACUGGGAUCCUGGGAGUGGCUUCAGGGGUAGAGAUCAGCCGCCAUCUUCGCCGCACCAACCCCAGGGCUGAUCCCUUGGUCUGUGCAGCCGGAUUGCUGGGUUCUGCCCCCUUUCUGUUCCUGGCCCUGGCUUGUGCCCAAGACAGCAUCAUACUUACUUAUGUUUUCAUCUUCAUUGGAGAGAUUCUGCUGUCCAUGAACUGGGCCAUCGUAGCAGACAUUCUGCUGUAUGUAGUCAUUCCCACACGCCGAUCAACAGCGGAAGCCUUCCAGAUUGUUCUGUCCCAUCUGUUGGGGGAUGCUGGGAGCCCCUACCUCAUCGGGCUGAUUUCUGACCGUCUGCGCCGUGACUGGCCCCCUUCCUUCCUCUCCCAGUUCCGGGCCCUGCAGUUCUCCCUCAUGCUUUGUGCCUUUGUUGGGGCACUUGGGGGUGCUGCUUUCUUGGGCACUGCCAUGUAUAUUGAAGGUGAUCGAAAGAGAGCUCAGCUCCAUGUGCAAGGACUCGUGAGGGACGUGUCCCCUCCAGAUGAUCGGAUUGUGGUCCCGCAGCGUGGCCGUUCUACCAAGGUCCCGGUGUCCAGUGUGCUCAUCUGAUCGAGUGGACUAUGGCCUGAGGCCACUUUGUGUUCUGGUCCCCUUAGGGGGAUAGGUGGGCGGUGGGCAGGGCAGGACUCUGAGGGACCCCAGCAGCCUGGACUGUUGCCCACAGACCUGGGACCACAGGAGUGGGACGGUGGCUGAGGUUUGUCCCUUUCUCCCUCUGGGUACACACGCACACAGACGCACUACAUGCACAUCGAUGUUGGUCAGGGAAUGGUUCUGGAUCAGGGCGGGGGCAGGUGGUUGGAAGACCACGGGACAGGCGCUCUCAGCUUUGGGCAGGGAGGGAAGAUCUUUUUCUUCUGCCUCCUUCGGACUGUAUAGGUGGCUUCCAAGCCGCCCUCCUGGGGUCAGGGGCGAGGUGCCCCCACCGUCCAGGCGGGAGGGUUUGGUGCUAUUUUUAUCUGAAUAAACUUUGUAACCAGA